AUGCAGUCUCGUCAACCGACCACUCUCGGUGUCUCGAUCUCCUUCUUCGUCAUCGCCAGCGUCUUCGUUGCCUUGCGGUUCGUCUCGCGCAUAUUCGUCGUCCGCAAGAUUGGGUUACACGACUGGUUGAUGCUGGUCGCAUGGGUGAUCGACUUCGGUUUUUCCUUCUCGCUAUUCUACGCGACCAAGAACGGCCUCGGUCUUCAUGCGAAAGACAUCCCGCCCGAAAACGAGGACGCCCUUAACAAGGCCAACUAUGCCUUCACCGUGCUCUACAACCCGGCAUUGAUGGCCGUCAAAACCUCCAUCCUCGUCUUCUACUUGACCUUGACGCGCAACCAGAAGGUCUUUCGAUGGGCCAAUUUUGUCACCUUGUUCGUUGUCAAUGCGGCAGGCUUUGCCUUGACAAUGAUCAACGUCUUUCAAUGUCAUCCUGUUUCAGCAGCCUUCUAUUCAACGGUCCCCGCCUCCGCGAAAUGUACCGACAUCGUCACGCUCUACCUCUCUUCGUCCCCCGUCAACAUCAUCACCGACUUGGCAAUCCUAUUCCUCCCUAUACCAAUCCUGACGCAGAUGCGUCUCCCAUAUAAGCAAAAAUGGAUUCUCGUCAUUACGUUCAGCUUCGGCUUUUUCGUGGCUGUCGUCGAUGUGAUUCGAAUCGCAUACCUUCAACAAGCUGCGACCUCUCGUUCAUUAGCUCUGAAGACCAUUCACCUUCAAAACGCUGGGGCUGCGGAUUUCAGCUGGUACGCAUCGCUGUCAUUUAUGUGGUCAGUGGUCGAAGUAAACAUCUCGAUCAUCUGUGGCUGCGUCCCAAGUCUCAAACCUCUCGUUGCUCGCAUUCUGCCUAAAUUGAUCAGAGACACCGAUGGUACUAAGACCAGCCCACUAAACAACUAUGCAACAGGAGAUAGCCCGGUAGCUUUGCCUCCAGCGGCUGCAAUUCUGGGUGGUCCAUCUGCGUCUUCAUCACCAGCAGACAGCAACGGAAGCAAACCUUCUCAAACUAGAAAUGAGACCACACCCCAGCGGCAAGAAUCGGAUGUACCUAUCAGUAUGAUGGAUUUCUUGAGUCAUCCACAGUCGGGCCCCUCCGACGCCGAAGCCUAUACCAGUACUACAUCUGGCUAUCCUGCCGACGUCAGGUUUUUCGAUUUCGUCAACAUGAAGAACCCGGAAAGUAUGCUCAAGCUGAACAACAGAGAGUCCAUUGCGCCCAUCGCAUGGACUUCUCUUCUAUUUUUCCUCUGGGGCUUCGCAUAUGGCUUUCUUGACACCCUCAACGAACAAUUCCAGACGAUUGUCAAACUUGACUCGUGGCAUUCAUUGGGUCUCCACGGAGCCUAUUAUGGUGGCUACAUGGUUGGUCCUCUGCUUGUCGGUCGGCCAGUGUUGAAGACAUGGGGGUUCAAGUCCACUUUCAUCACUGGACUAUGCAUCUACGCCUGUGGAGCCCUAGUAUUCUGGCCGUCCGCUAUCCUCACAUCCACUGCCGCAUUCACAGUUUCGAACUUUAUCGUGGGUUUCGGCCUUGCUGUUCUCGAGACCGCGGGUAAUCCUUUCAUCGCUCUCUGCGGACCCCUUGAGAACUCCGAGAUUCGACUCAAUAUCUCCCAAGGUAUACAAGCUAUUGGGAGUGUCGUGUCACCUCUACUUGCAAAGAAAGUUCUUUUCAAGAAUGUCACUGAUGUCGCCUCGUUGGUAGACGUGCAAUGGACAUAUCUUGGCAUCGCCCUCUUCGACGUGCUCUUAGCAGUCGUUUUCUGGUACCUGCCACUUCCCGAAGCAUCCGAUGAAGACCUGGAGGAAUUAGCCAAUCGUCGCAGAGAAGAUAACAUGACCAAGGUACUCGGAAUCCCUGUGGUCUGGCUGACCCUUGGUCUGGGUAUCUGGUCACAGUUCUUUUACGUGGGCGGACAAGAGGUACUUUCGAUCAGCCUCGAACGCUUUAUCGAGAGUACAGAUGCACACACUUCGCUCUACCCAUUUGACAUUCUAACAAUCGGCCACUCCGUAUUCGCCGUUGGCCGUUUCAUCGCCGCCUUCGCGCAGUGGUUCCUAAAACCUCGCUGGAUCCUAAUGAUCUCCUACAUUGGCAUGAUCGUCUUCUCCGUCCUCUGCAUGAAAACCACCGGCACAGCUGCAAUCGUCAUGGCAAUGAUGGUCUACCUCUUCGAAAGCGGCGUCUUCAGCAUAAUAUUCGCUAUAUCCCUGCGCGGAACUGCCCAACACACCAAAACCGCCGCAGCCCUCCUCACGGUCGCCAUCAGCGGCGGCACAUACUUACCCUUCGCCGAAUACGCCGCCUAUCUCUCGCACGGUACCCAAUGGUCAUACUGCGUCCUGGUCGCCGCCUUCUCCGCCGGUGCCAUCUUCCCUCUAUACCUAAACCUCGUCCCCGCCGUCAAAAAACAAGUCGAUCCCGUACCAAAUGAGUACCUCCGUCGUCCCCGACGCCGCCGCCACCGCAACGGCCAUGUCCGCACCGUCCACCGCGAAAAAGAAAACCCAUCAACGGGCGGCGUCCUCUCCCGCCGCCGAAGUCUCGUCUCCGAUCCCGAUCUCAUGCCCGAUCUGCCCAUGCCCGGCGAGACACAUCAAAUCCCUAGUCCGCAGUAUCGAAGCAUCGGGAACUGGGCCUCGAGAUCGAAUUCGGAUGCAGGGUCUUAUUCGGAGUCUUUGAAGCAGAGAGACUCGCCGGCCGAGUCGCCGAAAUGA